AGCAAGAUGCUGGAUGGAGCGCUCUCCCUGGGAUGGCUGUCACUUGUAGUCCUCCUCUCCUGCGGCCCGGCCGCCGCUUACUUCGGAAAUCCAGCCCCUAAGCCCCUACGUGUCCACUCAAGAUUCUCUUCAGAGGGGCAGAAAAUUGGGCUGAACCCACCGCGGUCUGUGGAAGGUGCGCCGCGCCAUGGACGAUACAGCCGACCGCUGACAGGGAACGAGCCAUUGACAAUUCUUCCUCUGACCUCAGAAACGGAGGGAGCAGCAGAGAAAGCUCAUUACAAAAUCUGUGACCGACUGAAGCUCGAAAAGAAGCAGCGGAGAAUGUGCCGCCGAGACCCAGGGGUAGCGGAGACCCUCAUGGAGGCCAUUAGUAUGAGUGCCCAGGAAUGCGAGUAUCAAUUCCACUUUGAACGUUGGAACUGUACUCUAGAAGGACGAUAUCGAACCAGUUUACUGAAACAAGGUUUCAAGGAGACGGCCUUCCUUUAUGCCAUCUCCUCGGCAGGACUCACCCACGCCAUGGCGAAGGCGUGCAGUGCCGGCCGGAUGGAGCGCUGCACGUGUGACGAGGCCCCGGACCUGGAGAACCGCGAGGCCUGGCAGUGGGGCGGCUGCGGCGACAACCUGAAAUACAGCAAUAAAUUUGUCAAGGAAUUUCUGGGCAAAAAAUCCGACCGAGAUCUGCGAGCGCGAAUGGACCUGCAUAACACUAAUGUCGGGAUCAAGGUCAUAAAAGCUGGAGUGAAGACCACUUGCAAAUGUCACGGAGUGUCUGGAUCUUGCACAGUCCGCACCUGUUGGAGGCAGCUCUCGCCUUUUCACGAAAUUGGAAAGCAAUUGAAGCAAAAAUAUGAGACUUCGCUAAAAGUAGGAAGUACCACCAAUGAAGCUACGGGGGAAGGGGACAUUUCUCCAGCCAAAAAACCUGCUACCAGUCAUACUGACCACAUCCCAAGGACUACAGACCUAAUUUACAUUGAUGACUCGCCAAACUUUUGCCUGAUGAGCAAGUAUUCUCCCGGAACGUUCGGGAGGAGAUGUUACAAAGACAAAAACUGCGACAGCAUUUGCUGUGGUCGUGGACAUAAUACCCAAAGCAAGGUGGUGACGAGACCCUGCCAGUGUCAGGUCCGCUGGUGCUGCUAUGUGGAGUGCAAACAGUGUACUCAAAGAGAGGAAGUCUACACCUGCAAAGACUAGCCGGCUCUCCGAGGCCACAGAAAUUUUGGACACUAUCAUGGAAACAAACAGGGUUUGACAGACGUUCUUGUCGGAUGGAGAGCUCUAUAGGACAAAAGCACUUUGUAGGGUUCAGAGAAACCCAACUCAUUGUUGUCGUCUAUGUUCUGGGUUUGCGAAGAGUCAUGGAUAAUGACAGCGCCCUUUGGGUUGCUAGAGGACAUUCCAAUGCCAUCUGUUCACAUGGUCGUCAUCCUAAUCAUCUCUGUUCUCUCCAACUUUUGUGAACAUCUAGGCUGUCACAUGCAUGGUUGGUGACCCAGUCUGUUACCCCUGGAUGCUCGACUGGAGACAACCUCAUGAAUUCAGAUUGAUGAGAAGGGAACAGUUCUAUGAUCCCCUUUAGCUCAUCUUGUUUUUUUACUUUUGUUUUUGCCCCCUUACGAGGUAACGCACCACCAGUAUCCUGCACUUCACCCCAUUGUAGGACACUAGAACCAACGCUGCAAACCAGAACUGACCUUAGGAGAAGAUCCGUUCUGUCGUAGAUCAGUGAAGAUCUACGUAGGUUGAGUCAUAGUUUGUCUUUUAGACUACGGCUUCGAGAGAACUCCGAUGCCUUUUUAGCACUAUCACUGUCUUAAAAACCACUAGAAGAAAUUUAUUUUUCAUUGUAUAAAGAUAUGAAUAUAUAGACGUAUAUUUUGCUUUUCCUUGAUUAAAACUAACCCUAUGAAGGUUACCUGAACCUUUGUCGUGACCGGAGUCAGGGUGAUACCUACCCCCCCCCCCCCCCCACCAUGUUACAUUUUAAUGUAACAGUGGUUUAAUCCAAAAAGUGACUUAGUCUCCAUCUUCUGAUGACUUCAUUCCACUUACUGUAAUACUGGGAGCUAUAAAACCCUCUUAGAUACUGUAGAUUGCUCUAAAACCACUAUAUUAAGGACUAUGGCGCAUUCAUCAGAUGUGCCAACUACACAAAUCUUGGGAGUAUCGUUUGCCAAACCACACAAGACAGGAACACUUCCCGUGCCUUUGCUAAGCUGUGAAGUAGACAGAUAUUUUAUAUUAACGAGACCAGCUUAAUGAAUGUUGCUUGGAAAUCUUUUUUUGUGUGCAUGACAAAGCUGCUUGGGUAGAUCCUAGAUAUAGACCAAGCUGAGUACAGUCCUGUAGAGUGUAAUUUAGGGGCUCAACUUCUCCAUGUGGAGCACGUUAGUCUUCAUUCUGCCAACAAAAGUUCUAAUAGUGAAUUACACAAUUAAAAGCCAAAGAAAAGCAUUCAGUCCAUCAACAUGAUGAGGAGCGACCAUAAUUUUCUGUGCAACAGAUGUUAGGUUAAUUUAGGUAUUAUCUAGAGCACUUUGUUAUUGAGAUCUUAAAUUGGUUCAAUAUGAGUGUAUGGUAACAUUUUCAUUACCAACUUGGUGUGUAAUGGCUCACUGUUGCUCAAGUAAGUUGGUCAAGGUUGCUUAGGUGACUUAAGAUGCCCACACACUUUCGAGGAAAGUCAUCCAAAUUUGCAAAUUUUGAGAAGACUCUCCAACUACUUAACAUGUACAGGAGUUUCCUGACUCUCCCUCGACGGCAGACGUUAGUCAUGCCCAAUCUUUUGUUCCCACACCAAUAAGCCUUGACCAGAGGGGCCUGGAGAGGACAGGAGUCCAACUUUCCUCACUUUUCAACAUCCAUAGUUGGUUGAGAGCUGUUGAUAGAACAAUUGUUGAGGUGACCGCUAUCCAAGAGACAUGGUUACCUUUAGUCAGUGUUAUGCAGGCAAAUUGGUCAAACUGGUUAGUAUCGCUCAGUUGAGAGGGUCAAUGAUGCCCCCGUUAGCCUGGUUGGCCUGGUCGGUGUUGCCCCCGUUAGCCUGGUUAAUUCCUGUUCAGAGUGGCCAUGAAUUUUCUUUCUCCACUCUACAGAAUGGUGGAGUUUGUAUCUAACUGGAGAGCAAAUUGAACAAAAAACAGCAACAGAGAGUCAUUACAACUAACUGUUCCAGAGAAUGCUCCAUACACUCAGACCAACGGGACUGUCAAUCCUGACUAUCAGUAUAACCUUGACCCUUUGGAUCUGUCAUCAUCAACCAUCACGUUAGAUUUUGAAGUACAGACAGCAGUUCCCUGUGAGCCCCCUAUCCAUAGUCUCUGCUGGAAUCUAUAAAAUGUUCUUUUCUAAUUAUAUAAACUCUUGAGAUUCUCAUAAACCCUAAAUGUCGAACAAUUCCCCACCAAGACUAAUGACAACCACAGCUGCCCACGCAAUGCGAGGAAAACUUUCCCCUGCAACACCCUCAAACCUGCACAUCAAGUCUCUUUACCAAAUAGAGUUUGCUUCUCCCAACCAAAUACAUGGACUUCACAGCAUUGACCAAAUUCAUAGCUGUAAAAAAAAAAGCAAGAAAAAAAAUUUAAAAUACAAAAAUAAGUGAUAUAAACAUAUAGCAAUACUCUGCUCAUUAAAGAAUUGAACUGUAUUCAGUGUGAAUAUACCUAUAUUAUAUUAUAUAUAAGGACAUUUAUUUAUUCUAAAGCAUUUUGAAGGACCUUACUAUGGUUUCAUUGUGGUAUUAUGUCCAGCUAUUAAGUCACAGACCUUUUUAUAAUCCUUUCCUUUUUAAAUAGUGAGAUUUUUGAGUAGACACAGAUUUUGUGCCUUCAGUAUGGAAGAAACGCGUCGAGGCGGCUGAAUCAGAUACACUAAGCUUGCACAUAGUUUUAAAAUAUUUUUUUAUCGACAUAUUUUCAAUAUUCCAAGAAAAUGCAAAAAAAAUAAAAUAAAUACCGCCUUUUAGUGCUGGAGAGGAUGAAUGAACUACUGAGCAGACAAAGCUCCUAUGAGUGUAGUAUUACACGCACUGAAGCCUAGAUGCUUUCUGUAUUUAAGUGUAUUUAUGACAAUGUGGAUAUAUGGCUUUUCCUGUUAUAUAUUGUACAUAGUUGGGUUUAUUUUCCUGUGGUUUUACAAUAUUUAAAAAAAAUGAAAAAUAAUGACAAAUUGACAAGAAUUUGCCACGUUACAUGUAUGACCAAUGGUACUCUGUCUUAGGUGCUUGGAAUUGGUUUCACAAAGUUGAGUGGAUCUCGAGGGCAGACAUUUAGAGUGUAUGAAAUAGCUAAUGAUUAAUGACAUCACUUAUGAGACACACCCACUCAGUGAUGUCACUUGCUCCUGAGACAAAGCCCCACCUUAGUAGUUUAAUAAAGAUGGCACAUUUUAAAAUUCAGUAAAAGGGAUUGGAUAAUGGCAAAAUGUAAGAAUUGGGUUUGUAUUUUUUUUAAGGUUUUCUACUUAAAAAUGUUCUUUUCAAUCUUUAAAAUUUUUAAUUAAAAUAUAAUUUGACCCAUUUUACCAACAAGCUGAAAAAAUAGAACAAAAAAUUUUUUGGACACUUUUGGAAGUAGCAGAGUUCAGAUUAGUCAGACUGUAUCUAUUUUAUGCUCUCUUUUUUAUUUAAUUUUUUAACUGUAUAAAGCAAAGGAAUUUUUUGGGGACAGAAUCUUUUAAAAUUCAAAUUUAGAUAGAAAUUCCAAUUUAUCAUUUCUUGGCUGAUCAAGAAUAAAUUUGGGGCACCCCCAUUGUUUUGCCAUAUGUAUAAACGACUUGCCUCUUUCUACAGUUUGCCUGCUCUUUGAGAGCCCACACACUUUCCGGUUCACCCCGAUUGAGUACCAUUGCGUUUCCGCAUACGGUAGACAUCUCAGUUUAGGAUAGGAUUUCUCAUCGCCUUCUGUAUGAAUGCCCCUCUGUUCGGAUGCGCUUUGGCCUAGAAGAUAAAAACUAUGAAGUGACCCAUUACCUUGGUGUUACACCCAGCCUGUUCAGCACCUCUAGGAGGGGCUUAUUCUGUUAAUCAACUAAACCAAUUUUGUCUGUUUUUUGAAUGUCUCUGUACAAACGUGUAUAGGUAUUAUUUUUAAAUUAAUUUAAUAAAUCUCCAAUGAACAAUCACUUUUUUUUUGUCUUUAAAAAUUUUUGAGACGUUCCACAUUAAAUUUUAUAUAUUUUUCAUUUACAAAUAAUAAAACUCAGCCAAUAUGUAUUUUCAUUCAAAAACAUUUUGAGAAAAUUUUGUACCAAAAUAGUUUUGUACAAAAAGUUGCCUUAGAUUUUUUUUAUACUGAGCGUUAUGAGUGUCGGCUGAGAAGUUGAAGGAAAUUCUUUCCUGUACAAUUUCAUAUGGUUCCCACUUAAAGUGCAAUGGAAACCGUACUAAUUAUGCUAAUCCCUCUACUUUUACGAGGGCUUAGACCAUAUUGUUUAUCUAGAUCUCGCUGUCUUCUUGGCCGUUUGACGUACCCCCUGUAAGACUAACAGCAAGUUAAGGUCAAAAAUACAGUGUUACAUAAUUCCAAGCUUUUCCCAAAUCCCCAUUUCCUGCUUAAGUAAAAUUACACAUUUAUGCAAAAAGUUAUUGUGUCAGAAACAAAAAUUCCCUGGAGUUCUUGUAAAUUCUGAAAUAUUUUGAUGCAAGCGAGUGAUGGCCGCACCUGCACAGCUGCGCGGAGAGUUGGGUGUAAGAAUCUGUAAUAUUGUAACACAGUUUUUUUUUGUUUGUUUUUUUCCCUAUUUCUUUGGUUUCCCAUAGACAAUGAACAAAACAGGGAAAUAUAAAAAUUCUGACAUUUAUGCUGAUAUUCAAUCUUUUCCAAGACCUUUUUGGGACUUUUUGAUGGACUCUGCAUUUUACUUUUUUAGUAAAUUAUAUUUGUGUUGACCAAACAUGUGGAAAGUUCAUCACCUCAAAAAUGUUAGGAAUAUAGCUAAAAACAAAAGACAAUUAUUUUAUUGCUUGCUGUUUUUUUUGGUUUAAUUUUUCCUUGUUUUGUUCAUAAAAUUAUGACUUAUCUUCUGAAACAUAAAGUGAAAACGUAUAGGGUUUAAAAUGUAUAGAAAAUUAUGAGGGCCAUAUUGUGCAAAACAUUCUUUUUAAGCUGCACUUAAACUUUUUGUACAUUUAACUUGAAAGCAGAAUGUUAAUAAAUAUAAAACCAGGAAUUCUUUAAGACUGUUAAAAUAGAUUUCAAUGCUGGGGGGAAAAUG